CGCAAUGGUGGCUAUCCGGAGUAGAUCGACCUUUUCCUACCAUAAAGUACAGUUGCUCUACACCAAGCACUAGGCUGCGCUCGGACCUAGAAUGAAUCACGAUUUGACUACAAGCCUAACUUGAGCUCCUUCAAACCUAUGACUCACCGCUCUGAUGAAGCAUUAAUUAAGUUCCAAUAUGAUUGGCCCGCUGCCUUCAUGCUCAUCGCCGAGAUCGCUGCUCACUUCUUAAUUUGCCGUCACAACUCAAGCCAGAACUCCGGUUUGCAAGGCCAAUUUUCUCCAUCCUCAUAUACCUUAUCUCAUAUUGCAGGCGCAGCUGGUCAAUUUGACUUAGAAACCAGGGUCUUAUCCCCAAAAAUAAUGCUUCAGGAACCCGGAGGCCCGGUACCCCCAAACACAGAUCAUGCUGUGAGCGUGUCACUUCCCACAUGGGAAGCGAACGUGGCGUACGAAGAGGGGGAGCUAUGGCUUGUAAAUAAGAUGCAAUGCGGUUAUCCCCGAUUCUUUGUCCAUCCCAUCAUCCAGGAGCUCGCCCAAGAAAUUGUUGCUCGAUUUGGGAAUCCAGAAUAUGAGGCAACGACCCUUUUCCCUUCUCCGAACACUGCGCGAGUGUGUCACACAUUCAUCCUAUCAAGAAUUUCACGCGAAGAAGCACAUAAAAUUCGCGUCCUUGACUUUGUUCCUACCAAGGAGCUGGAAACCGAGCUGAGCACCAUUCAGUCACUUCUAUCGUGCGUUAUAUAUCCUAAGGAGCACGCAAAAAUCGCGAAACAAGCGUGGCAACAUACGGGUGACGGCGUUUCAAGCAGGCGGGGUGAAUUCUGUCUUGGUGCUCUGAAGGAUGGUCUUCUUACGGAAAGGAAAAAUGUUACAGGAGAUGCAACGCGCCAAAUCAUCCACAAGGGCCCUCGGAGAUAUCAGGGAAAGGGUUCAAUAAACGGGAUAGGUAAAGUUUCAUCACAUAACGCAGUUUCAGCCAACAAACCGCACGAAGGACGUGAGUCAGUUCAGUUUAUUGAAGAACGGUUUGGAAGGAACUUGAGUACCUCACUAGCCAGCAAGGCAAAGAUUGCCGUACGCAGGCGAAUAGCAGGUGUGCUGACGGCAGACGUGGAAUUGAAUGAGGCUUUGGAGAAAGCCUCACAGGAAGGAAGAGUAGCAGGGCUUUCAGAAUCGGAUGUUUUCCUUUUCCCAAGCGGCAUGAGUUCGAUCUUCAAUUCCCACAGGUUGCUCCUCGAAGCGAGGGGUUCUAUGAAAAGCGUCUGCUUCGGAUUCCCCUACAUUGAUACAUUGAAAAUCCUUGAGAAAUGGGGCCCCGGAUGUGUCUUUUACGGGCGAGGGUCAUCUGAGGAUCUAAAUGAUCUGGAGGCACGGUUAGCCGGUGGAGAGAGAUUCUUGGCUCUCUUCACUGAAUUCCCGGGCAAUCCCCUUCUCAAGACACCUGAUCUUAAGCGGAUCCGAGCCUUAGCCAACAAGUAUGAGUUUGCGGUGGUCGUCGAUGAAACAGUGGGAAAUUUUCUCAACAUCAACGUGCUUUCUCACGCGGACAUCGUGGUCAGUAGUUUGACGAAAAUCUUCAGCGGAGACAGCAAUGUUAUGGGAGGGAGUGCGGUGCUAAAUCCGCACGGUCGAUACUAUCCAUUAUUGAAAGAUACAUUCAACCGGGGCUAUGAAGACAACUUAUGGGUAGAAGAUGCCGUCUUCCUCGAAAGGAACAGCCGCGACUUCGUUUCUCGCAUUGAAAAAAUCAAUCAUACAACAGAGGUGAUAACAGCAAUGCUCCAAGAAUCUCCAAUUGUUAAGAAUGUGUAUUACCCUAAGUUCAGUCCUACACUGCCUUUCUACGAGGCAUUUCGCACUCCAAAUGGAGGCUAUGGUGGUUUGUUCUCUGUCACUUUCCACUCCACAGCAGAGGCGAUUGCCUUCUUCGACAACCUAGAAGUCCACAAGGGACCCAGUCUUGGGACUAACUUCACGCUGAGUUCUCCGUAUACGCUACUUGCUCACUAUAGUGAGCUUGACUGGGCAAGCUCAUUUGGCGUAGAGUUUGACUUGGUGCGGAUAAGCGUCGGUUUGGAAGAUGUCCCAUUGCUUCGCGCUAAAGUGCAACAAGCACUUGAUGCAGUCGCUAAGAUAUCUAAAUAGAAGUCAUUAUCAUAUAACAGCUUCAGGGUCGUUCAGUCGUUACCUUGAUACACCAUCUAGCCUUCUCGGUUUCGUCGACGGCACAUCACAUCUUAAGAUUAUCGAUAUUAUAUGAGAAUUAACGUGGGAACGUCAAAAUUGUGCUAAUAAAAAAGACUAGCGUAUAUAGAAUAGGUCAGGCAAGGGUAUAAGUGACAGCCCCCAGGGAAGUAAUGUACUACAAAAUCAUGGGAACAGCAUAAGCGUUAUUUAACACAGGUGGUCGACGACCUUCAUGAAGCUUCAGGCUGGUCGAACAGGCAUUCAGUCCUCGCUAUCUAUUGUAUUAGAUAGCUGGUUCGGAGGCGCGCCCAAGUCUCCGCUACCUGUUCGCCUCAAAGCCUGUCUCAUGGUUUCAAUGUUCAAAUCGCCACCAAAGCUGGGGGAAACCGGUCUGUAGACAGAAAGAAGUGGGCUCUCAGCACCCCGGACACAACGAUUUGGGGAGAGCUCCAGGCCCUUGACAGAGGUUGAGAUGCUCGUCGGCGGAGAAGUACCAAAACCAUGAGAAGACGCCGGUGAGUACAACGGCGAUGGUGAC